CAAAUUCCGAGCCUCUCUUAUGUAUCUUUCUGUGCUAUGUAAAAUGUAAAUUAUUGAUGUUUUAAACUUAUAUUUGUGUCUCGCGAUUGUUUAGCUAAGUUUUCAAAAUGCCUUACAAGUGCUGCGUUCCUAAUUGUGCCGGUAAUUACGGGAAGGGUCCGAAGGUACACGUAUUUUCGUUUCCAUUGAAUGAAAACUGUCGUAAAAGAUGGCUCAAUGCAAUCCCUCGUAGUGAUUUAGUGGUCACAAAAAACACCAGAGUAUGCAAUUUGCACUUCGCUGAGGACAGCAUCAUUUGGGAAUCCACCUUCCAUGACAAAAAGACAGGACAUAGCAAGCAGAAGAAGCCGAGAUGAGAAAUUGAGGAACAAGGAACAAGAACAACUACUCAAAG